AUGGAUGGAGUUGGAUUGUUCAAUACUUUUCUUCAAAUUCAUCAACCUCAGCUAGAAUCAUCUGGAGUACCAAGAUUGUUUUGGGAAGUUCUAUUUAAGAAACUUCAGUAUCAAACUUUUGAUUCUGGUCUCGCAUUUCAAUUGAUAAAAAUUGAUUAUGAUGAUGCACCUAGAGGUCCAAAAGAUCCUGUUUGGAAGCUGUUUGUUUCUGCUGAGAAAGAUAUUUCUGCUCAAGAUCCUAGUAACAUUUAUUUAAUAGAUCACGCAUGGACAUUCAAUACCAGCAGUAUUAGACAAAAUUUAUCAAGCAUACCAGGACUUUUGAAUCGUAUGUGUACCUUAAUGGGUUUUGACAUUGAAGAAGAAGAUAAUGAAAAAGUAGAAUUUAUAAUGAAUGAAUUGUGGAGGUAUAGUCAGUCAUUCUCUCUUAGUAGCGGGUCUAUAGAGGAUAGAAUGCCAAUAUGGUAUAUCAUGGAUGAAGUAGGUUCAGCUAUAAAUCACAGUGAUGAUCCAAAUUUUAGAACAGUCCCUUUCUUAUACCUACCGGAAGGUGUUACUUACACUUUGUUAUUCCCUAUAAAAGAUGUUGAUUGCGAAGAAGAAAUUACCAGAGAUUUUGUCGAAGGUCAAACAGUUGACCCAAAGAAAAGACAAGCUCUAUUACUACCAUGGCUAGACACGUCAUUUUUUGGUGAAAGUUUUAUACAAAAAGAGCCUGAUGAAAAUUACUUUCUGGCUGGUCACAUUCGAGAGAGUCUACCUGAAAAUUUAAGUACACAAGUACUACAGAAGGACAGAAGUUCAAAGCUGAAAGUUUUUUCGCAAUAUUCAUACGUAAAUGAUUAUUUAAACGAUCCAGCAUUUGAAAUUGUAGACAAUGAAGAGCAAGCAGACAUUUUAUGGUAUACUUCCCAUUUCAAAGAGUAUAAAGAACUAAGAGAUCGGUCGCCGCACAUUUUCGUGAAUCAGUUUCCAUUCGAAUACGUUGUGACUGUAAAAGAUUUAUUGUCCAUCGUAUCUAGAAGAAAAUCGGGUGAAAAAUCGUACAAUCCUGAUACUCUUGAAACAUAUCCGGAGUGGUUACCAACUACUUACAAUUUGAGUACAGAACUGGUGGAAUUCGUUGCGUAUUUCGAGCAAAGAGAAUCGAUGGGCCUGGACAAUCAUUGGAUUUGCAAACCUUGGAAUCUCGCCAGAGGAUUAGAUACUCAUGUCACUAAGAAUUUAUUCCAUAUUUUACGCUUACCUAGCACGGGACCAAAGAUCGCUCAGAAGUAUAUUGCCAACCCGAUCUUGUACGAGAGACCAGAAAUUGGCAAAGUUAAAUUUGACGUGCGAUACGUGUUACUGUUGAAGUCCGUGAAGCCCCUCCGGGUGUUCGCGUACAAAAACUUCUUUCUAAGAUUUGCAAAUAAGGAGUUCGCUUUAAAUAAUUUCGACGUGUACGAACAACAUUUCACGGUUAUGAAUUAUUCAGAGGACACGCCGCUUUGUCACCUCAAGUGCGCGGACUUUAUCUUGGAAUGGGAGAGACAGUAUCCGGAGUUCUCGUGGAGUGAACAGGUGGACCCAAAAAUCAUGCGCAUGUUCCGGGAAGUUUUCGAGGGGGCGACGGCGGAAGAGCCACCGACGGGUAUCGCGGAUAGUCCUCAGAGCAGAGCAGUAUACGCCGUCGAUCUUAUGCUCGAAUGGAAGAAAGGGGAUGUGCAGCCGGUUCUGUUGGAGAUUAAUUUCUCGCCCGAUUGUAAACGGGCCUGCGAGUACUAUCCGAAUUUUUACAACGACGUCUUCCGAUGCCUUUUCCUGGACGAGAAUAAUCCGGAAACGGUUCACGAUCUAUGUUCCGGUUGCGAUUAAAUUCGACCGGGAACAGAAAAUUACGGACGGCUUGGAGUGCCCGAACGGGCCGUAAACAUCGAGAAACUAUUAACGAUCGUUCCGUGGUCAGUACGGUGACCAAAAACGUAUUUAUUUAUUCAGAACCGUCGGAUCCCGCAUUUCGUAUGCGGUAAUGAGCAGAAGUAGCUCCACUAAAUCUGCAUGCCCGAACGUUAAGGGUACGUUUGCUCCGUAAAUAAUUCGCGCCUGCCAUAACUUGACGCUGCAACGGGAAGACUACCGUGCUACCUAAUGGAAUAAUAAACGAGGGAGCAAUUGGAACAGUUUCAUGACGUCGGGCCACUUCGGUCACCGCGUAAUGUUCGCUUCUAAUGUACAGCCGUAUGCUUAAUGCAAAAAGAAGCGUGUGACGAUGGGAACGACGAUGUAGUAAGUCCUCCAUUAUACGAACUAAUACGGUCAUGAACCUGGCUAUAAUGGAAAUUCCAUUCUACGAUCAUUUAAUAGCGUUACGUCACAUCCUUCGAGAAAGUUCCAAUGAAUUUCCUAAUAAAGAUCCAUA